UGUAAUGUCAAAGGUUAUGUGCAGUUUACAAAUAAUGUCGAUGUAGAAUCUGAAACUUUUAACAUUGUUAUUUUGACUCAAAUUCACGAAUUCAUCCCUGCCAACAGUAGGCCUACCUACAGCUUUCAAGCAAAGAAGAAACGUUAUAAAGUAGAUUUAAAGACCACCUUGUUAUAAGGUACCAUCACUGCAGAGGGAUGCAAUAAUUAGAGUUUGAAUACACUGACAAACUACAGUAUCUACAACUAAAACACAAUCAAGAAUAAUUAAGAUUGGUUUCAAGAAGUCUAAACCAGAAAUAUAAUUUCUUCAAUUAAUUUACUGUUGCAUCUGUGAAUAGGACAAGAGAAGAUAAUGAGUCUGAUAGAGAGUAACCCCUUUAAAUAGAUCCGGACCUACACUUUUCUUACGAUGAAGAAUUUCUAUGUAGUCAACUUCAAAAUUGAAUUUUAGUAUUUAGUAUACUUAAAAUACAGUAAAAAAUGAGUUUGGUUAAUAGACUAAUUGCUGGAGAUACAAUAAACAAUGAUCUUUACAAGGCAAUUUUUUCUGGAGACACUGCAAAAGUUAGCUCAAUUAUAGAUUCUUAUGGCCUAUCCCACCAUCCAAAAUGGGCUGAUGGGGAAGAUCUACUUCUGACGGCAGUUGAGUGCAAGAACUUGGAAAUUGCCAAACUGUUGAUGGAAAGAGGAUGUAAAACUGGAGAAGGGCGAAGCGUGCCUGAUUUGUUGAAAGAAGCUAUUUGUUUAGCUGUAAAUAAAGGUGAUUGUGAACUCAUCGAGAUGAUUUUGGGGAAAAUGAAUAAUGCAGAAUCUAAAGCAAAUUUUCUAGACUCUUUAAAUUUGUUACACAUCGCUGUUAGCAGUAAGCAAAAAGAGGUAGUAGAUUUGUUGCUAUCAUACAAAGCGAAUUUAGAUCGUAAAACUAAAAAUGGUGAGCUUACCCCUCUACACAUAGCAGCAGUGAAUGGGAAUCAAGAAAUUGUAGAGUCACUUUUAAACGCUGGCUGCAAUUUGGAAAGCAAAGAUGAAAAAGGGAAUACUAGUUUAGCCCUCGCUGUAUCUGUUGGGAACAUAAAUGUGGUGAAAACUUUGGUACAUCGUGGAGCUGACUGUAAUUGCAAGAACAAAUGUGGUUUGAGUGCACUGAUUAAUGCCACAAGUAAAGGUUAUGUACACAUUGUGGAGGAUCUGCUGGCCUUCGGAGCUGAUGUCAAUGAUGAAAACUCUCUUGGACUGACUCCUCUGCAUAUAGCCUGCAUGCUAAAAAAUAAACAUAUGAUUUCGGUGCUACUCGAUGGUGGGGCAGAUAUCAAUGCUAUGGACUGUUUUGGGUCUGUUCCAUGUGACAUCAUUUUCAAGAAACUGUCACCAGGCACUAUCUUUUUUGAGAAUCCAUCUCUUUCGUACUUCCUAGCCAAGCAGUUAGCAAUUUUAAAAACUGGAGGAUUUUACUUGAACAAGAAGAAUGAAGCAUUGUACAAUAGGUUUUGUAGCAUGUAUUGCAACGACAUCACAGUGAACGAUUCCGUUUUGUCACCUUCAUCUUAUGUAAUGGCAUCAACGAUGAAAAGCUGUGUAGAAGAGAUUAUAAAAAUGAAAAGUAUUAGAAAUAGUGGGUUUACUGUCUACAACAUCUUUCAAAAAUUUAGAAACCCACUAAGCUUAGUAUCCGAAAAUGAAAUUUUAUUUUUACAAUCGAUGGAUUUAAAAAAUGAAUUCCCCAUGUACGAAAGUAUAAUGAGAAAUGGUCUGAAAAGGGUCAAGUUAAGAAACAAGCUGGUUGCAUCAGGUCAAGAAUGGUUUAUGUUCAUCAACCAAAAUAGACUGGAUGAUGUUGUUUUCCUGCCUGAGGAAAUGAGGAUACACAUAAUUUCAUUUUUGACUGAUGAAGAAAUUAAACAAUUAAUAACAUGUGGGGAGCAAAUUCAUAGACAAAAAAACUGUUGAUUACUCAACUGGAAGCUAACAAAUUGACUUUCUUCUUGUGUUCUUUUUAUUUUAUUUGAAACAUAGUUUUAUAAUAUCAGAGCUUAAAAUGAGAUGAGAGUCAAUGCUUUUGCUGAAUCAAGAUCAGCUGUUUUUUUCCAUUUGAUUUCUUAGGGCUUCAUCAUUGUAUUAAUGGUCAAAAGUUUCAUUUACAAAGGCUAAAAUACUUAUGGCGAUUAGUAAUGUUUUAAACGUAUGAUAGUUAUUGAAGUAUUAUUUGUUUUAUUGCCAUGUAUCUUAAACCAAAAACAAGUUUUUGAUGGGCACAAUAAUAACAACAUUAAAAAAACCAACAACCAAAAGCCUAUGUGUAGCUUGCAUGCACAGUUCUUUUACAAGCCACAUUGGAUAUUUUCUUUUAUAUGGUAUGAUUGUACCAAUAAAAUAUUUGUCUAUCAUGGAAACUUUAAAAAAUUUGUUAAUUGUAUUAAAUUUGGUGUUCUUUCUGUUAGUCCAACAGUACUUCCAGUACACAUUAUCCAUCAAUAAUAAAAUUUUUUUUAUAGAAUCUAUUAUUGUAAAUGCAAGCUUUUAUAUAUUUCAUUAAGUUACUGGUGUCCAGUACUACCUUUAAAACAUUAUUUUAUUCUUGGUUAGAUAAUUUUGAACGUUUUGUAUUAUUGACUGUAUUUCCUAGAGUUUUUUU